AUGUCAUCAAAUCAACGCAGAGAGUUUUUGCUGCGGGAUGACAACAUUUUUGAAGUGUUGAUUGCUGACAACAGCGACAACGACGAUGGCCUGCUCCUUGAUAAAGAGGAUCAAACGUUUAUAGCGCAAGAUAUUGAUGCGGGUAAAUCCACUUUUGAAAUAGAACCCAGUUCCACGCCUCUAGAAGAGUUCUUGGUUGAAAAUCAAGAUCCUGGCAUUACUGAUCCUACAUUCGACUGGCGAAAAAAUUCAUACUCGCCUCGUAAUUUUGAUGAAAUCCCGGAGUACAACUUUUUUGAAGUGACUAUUUUACUUUCUUUUUUUCACCCAUACCAAAGUUAA